AUCCAUAUCUCUCCACCAAUGCCCGCCACAUAACUGCAAGUCUUCAGUAGUAUAGGGAGAAAGAGAGAGAAAUCGAGGGAGAAGACGAAAGAGAUCGGAAAACCGCUUUGCGGCUGCGGCGUUCUCUGCCUCUCGGCGGGGGCAUGGGGAGAGGCAAAGUGCAGCUGAAGAGAAUAGAGAACAAGAUCAACCGGCAAGUAACGUUCUCCAAGCGGCGAGCGGGGCUGUUGAAGAAGGCCAAUGAGAUCUCCGUUCUGUGCGACGCCGACGUCGGCGUCAUCAUCUUCUCCACCAAAGGCAAGCUCUUCCAGUACGCUUCUGAUUCGCGCAUGGAAAGAAUACUUGCAAGAUACGAACGAUGCUCGUAUGCGGAGAGUUUGGCUAAUCCAACUGAUCAAGAAUCACCGGGUAGUUGGAGUCUGGAAUAUGCAAAGUUGAAGGCAAGGAUUGAGUUCUUAGAGAAAAAUAAAAGGCAUUAUAUGGGAGAGGAUAUAGAUUCUUUAAGCCUCAAGGAACUUCAGAAUCUGGAACACCAGAUCGAUUCAUCCAUGAAACAUAUUCGGUCGCGAAAGAAUCAACUCAUGCUGGAGUCCAUUUCCGAGCUGCACAAAAAGGACAGAGCAUUGAAGGAUGAAAACAAUAAACUAGCCAAAAAGAUCAAAGAGAGAGAGAAAGAGAUGGCUGAACAGCCUAACUUGGAGCAACAGGAGAAACAAGACACCAACUCCUCAUCUUCCUAUGUUCCAUCACAGCCCCUCAACUCCUUCAACCUCGGGGAAAUGUAUGAGGCCGCAGGAGAGGACCGAGAAAUUGAGGGCGCUCCGGCGGCUCAGCCUCCGCCGCCGCCCAACAUUGUAAUGCCGCAAUGGCUGCUUCCCCAUCUUACCGACGGCUGAUAAAGCUGCCAAAAACAUGCACGGUGAAGAUUUAUUAGAUUUUCCUAGCCUGCAAAUAUGUAGCUUUUUGCAAAUAUAUAUAAUAAUAUAUGCCAAAAGAAAUAUGGGUAUAUUAUGUUGUAAAAUCUGGAGGGUGGGGAAACACAUAAAGAAAACGAAAAGAAAAAAUUGUGUCGUCAAUUGACAAAUUUUACUUUCGAACAUGGUCUAAAAUGGUGUCGUUUGACACUCGUUUAGUGUAAUUAGUUCCGUUUGUAUAAUAUAUUCAGUUUUAUUUUAUAUACAUUGUAAUUUUAUUUCAGCAUAACUAAAGUUUUAUUUUGUUUCAA